UUCCAAUUUCGUCAAUUGUUCAGUUUCCAUUUUUAUCUCAAAAAUCCAAAGCUCUCAUCAAUGGCGUUGGAAUGGGUUGUUCUUGGCUACGCCGCCGGAGCAGAAGCGAUCAUGCUGCUACUGUUAACAGUUCCGGGUCUUGACCCGCUUCGAAAUGGUUUAAUCGCCGUGACCCGGAAUCUCCUCAAGCCUUUUCUCUCCAUCGUACCCUUUUGUCUCUUCCUGUUAAUGGAUAUCUACUGGAAGUAUGAGACCCGACCCACUUGUGAAUCCGAGUCUUGUUCUCCAUCGGAGUAUCUUCGUCAUCAGAAAUCAAUCAUCAAGUCUCAGCGUAAUGCGCUUCUGAUCGCGUGUGCUCUCGUGUUCUAUUGGUUACUCUACUCUGUUACUGGCCUUGUUGUGAAAGUUGAGCAGCUGAAUAAGCGUGUGGAGAAGUUGAAGGCUUCCGAUUGAUCCGAUCUGAUUUGAUCUUGAUGGAUCGGGUAUUUGGGUCUUUUGUUUUCGGGUCGUGUUGCUUAAUUUGAAUCAUCUAGAGACUUUGGUAUCUCUUGCACUGCUUUAAUUUUUUUGAGUUGUUGAUGAACAUCUGCGUUAGUAAUUUAUUUAGAGAUGUUACUUAGACAUGAAAAGCUGAUUAAGGGUUAUUUUAUUAUGCUAA